AUGGCUGCCGUGUUCAAGGAACCUCCCCCUCCCCCGGCCGACUGCCUAUACAAGGCCGGCUUGACGUCCCAAGUCCUUCUACCGUCGGACCCUGACUACGCGGGUCGCGAGGAUUCAUACUGGUGCAAUGAUGCCAAGCUUGGGCCAGCCUGUAUUGUCAGACCACGCUCAGCAGAAGAUGUCUCUACAGCGCUGAAGGCCCUGGUAUCCGCGGGACAGAAACUCGCUAUUCGAAGCGGCGGUCACACUAAUUGGGCUGGAUCAAACAACAUCACAAACGGAGUCACCAUCGAUCUGGGGUUGAUGAAUCACGUAGUCGUUGAUACUGCGUCUGAGACUGUGGAUAUCGGCCCCGGAGUGCUGGCGGACGGGAGCGUCGUCAUAGCCGACAAGAACCAUCAUGCUCGCCUUUUCCGGGCCCUUAAAGGCGGCUCCAACAACUUUGGCAUUGUCACAAACUUCAAGAUGAACAUGCUGAGUAACAACAAGAUUUGGGGCGGGUUGACCAUCUCCUCGAAGGAGUUCAUUCCCAAUUCCAUUGAAGCGAUGCACCAAUUCACGACCAAUAUCAAGGACAGCCCUGAUGAGACUGUGUGGACUCUGUUCAUGCACUCACCCGAGCUUAAAGAUACUGUCAUUGCGACCGCCCAUGCGAGCAUGGUGGGAACGGAAAAGGCGCCAGCCUUUGAGAAAUUCUUGAGCAUUCCAACGAUUAGUAGCCAACUCGGCAUUAAGACAGUCAGUGAGUUUACGGUGGAGUAUACUCAGUCAAGUCAUCAUCAUGUCAUCUGGCUUACUUCGGCUUUCAAAAACGACAAGCGCAUCAUGGCCAAAGCCUCUGAGCUACAUGACAAGUUAGUCGAAGAGCUCAGGGCCGUGGUGCCCGACGAAAACUUCAUUACACAAUGCACCUUCCAGCCACUGCCAACACUGUUUGCCGAAAAGUCCAUUGAAGCUGGUGGCAACUUUAUUGGUCUCGAACGCUACAAACACGAUGGUAUACUCUUCCUGGCGACGGCUUUACUCCCAACAAGGGAACUGCGAGACUUCGCGUACCCUAAAGUCCAAGCCUGGGCUCAAGGGGUAGAGAAAUUUGCGCAAACGAUCCCUGACGGGCUCAUUGAUUUUGUGUACCUCAAUUACGCUGACCCAAGCCAAGCGCCAUUGGCUAGUUAUGGCAAGGACAACAUCAAGUUCAUGAAGGAGGUUGCAGCUGAGUACGACCCUCAGGAGGUCUUCCAGAAGCUAUGUCCUGGAGGAUAUAAGAUAUCGGACGUUCAGCUCUGA